UGCCGGUGGAGCUAUUGAAGCCCACACAUCACAAAAAAAAGUUUAAACAAAAAAAGAACUACGUUUUUACGUCUCCACCCAUCUCACUAGCGAAGCUUGUUCCACUUCCUCUCUCUACCCAACUGGUUCAAGUUUCUGGGCAAAUAGGUGAAGCAAACAAGUUUCAGCUUUUCUUGGCUUAGGAUCUUUCUGAUUUGACCUUACUAAUUCUUGAUAGAAGAAAGAUAAAUGGCACAUUCAAUGAGCUUGAUCUCUAUCGGCCUCACAUUUGAUCAAAUACCUAAAACUAAACUCAAUGUUAGUGGAAGGUUAAAUCCAAGAUCUUCAGCACGGCUUCGAGUUCAGGCAGUGCAAGAAAACGGGGGACAACGGAGACUAGUGGACAUUAUUAGACUUGUGCCUGACCUCUCAAAGAAUUACUUUAAAAGUCCCUCCCGCAGGACUUUGUUUGGUGGAAUCUCCUUGUUGGGUGGAUUUUAUGUUGCGCAAACAAUUUCACUGUCUUUUGGAGCUCUUGGAGUCAAUGAUGUUAUUGCGGCAGUGGUAUGUGUUCUUCUUACAGAGUAUGUGACUAAGUUCUAUUACAGCCGGCCAAAAGUUACUUUCCCUGUUGCUCUUCUCAAUAACUUCAAAAUGGGCUUCACUUACGGACUUUUCAUUGAUGCAUUUAAGCUUGCCAGUUGAUCUAAGCAUCAAAAUGCAACCUCUCCAGAUUCUUGCCCAUUCUUGCCCACCAAAAUUGGUUUGGUUGUGUAAGAUCACCAAGCUUGUACAUGCUAGAACUGUUUAACAUCCAAAUGCUACUUCAUAUUUGGUCUGAUUGUGUUUAACCACUCAUGUUAGAACCGGCUCUAGAACCAUCCUCUCAUUUGUUGUAUAUCAGCUGGAAUACAGCAAUUUAAAUAUAUAAAUUAUAUCAAUUAUUUCUCCCUUA